AUGGGGAGGAAAGGAAGCUGGUUUUCUUCAGUAAAAAAGGCUCUUACCCCAAAUUCUAAGAAAAAGAAAGCGCAGAAAGCAAGUAAAUCAAAGAAGAAAUGGGUCGAGGAAGAUAAGCCAUCAGUUUCUAGUUCUCCAAAUCCGGAGACUAUCCAAGUAUCUAAUCCUCAUCCGCUUCCUCCUUUGGAAGAUGAGGAAGAUGUGAAGUUGACAAAAGUGGAGAAUGAGCAGACAAAACAUGCUUAUUCUGUUGCAGUUGCUACUGCUGCAGCAGCUGAGGCUGCUGUAGCUGCUGCACAGGCUGCAGCAGAGGUAGUCCGACUGACUUCGGUGACUCAAUUCACAGGAAAACCAAAGGAGGAAGUGGCAGCAAUCAAAAUCCAGACAGCAUUCCGAGGCUACCUGGCACGGAGAGCAUUGCGGGCGCUGAGAGGACUUGUCAGACUAAAAUCACUUGUUGAUGGGCCAACCGUCAAACGGCAAACUGCAAACACUCUGAAAUGCAUGCAAAAUCUAUCCCGCGUGCAUUCUCAGAUUCAGUCGAGAAGGCUCAAAAUGUCAGAGGAAAACCGUGCACUCCAGAGACAGCUUCUACAGAACCGCGCGAAAGAACUUGAAAGCUUGAGGAUUGGAGAGGAGUGGGAUGAUAGUCUACAAUCAAAAGAGCAAAUAGAGGCAAGUUUGCUGCAAAAGUAUGAGGCAGCUAUGAGACGAGAAAAAGCACUAGCUUAUUCAUACAGUCAUCAGCAAACCUGGAAGAAGUCCUCAAGAUCUCCUAACUUACUGUUUAUGGAUCCAACUAAUCCUCACUGGGGUUGGAGCUGGUUAGAAAGAUGGAUGGCUGCCCGGCCAUGGGAGUCCGAAAGCACGGCUGAGAAAGAACCUAACAGUGACAGGUUAUCUGUCAAAAGUUCAAGCAUUGGAGGAGAAAUAACCAAGUCUUUUGCUCGUCAUCAGCUAAACUCCGAUAAUCCUUCUUCACAGGUCGGCCAAAAGCCUGGUCAUCCUUCUAGUCAUCAGUCCCCUGCACCUCCCCCUUCAAAGGUGACAUCUUCAGUAACCGCCAGAAAAUUGAAGGCGGCAAGCCCAAGAUCGAGCGCAAUAGGUCAAGAUGACGACUCCAGGAGUAUGCUCAGCAUGCAGUCAGAGAGGAACAGGAGGCACAGCAUUGCAGGGUCGUCUGUGAGAGACGAUGAAAGCUUGGCGAGCUCUCCAUCGGUGCCUAGUUACAUGACACAGACUAAGUCGGCAAAGGCCAAGUCGAGGUUGUCAAGUCCAUUAGGAACGGAAAAUGGAACACUGGAAAAGGGAACGCCGGGUCCUGCAAAGAAGCGCCUUUCUUUCCCAUCUUCACCGGCCAGACCUAGGAGGUAUUCAGCCCCGCCAAAGGUGGACAACUCCUCCAUCGCUGACAGUGAUGCGAAUGGAGUGAUCAACUAA